GGACCCAAAAAAAAAAAAACCGAAAGAAAGAGGGUAGCGGCCUCCGAGCUUGUGUCCCAGGCGGCCUCUACGUGGCUCAACCACCGCCUCGCGUUCCGCGGCCGGGGGGCUCGCAUGCAAGCCUAGCUAGCUUCACAUUCCCUUCCCUUCCCCGCAUUGCUGCGAGCGACGCUGCUUCUGCUUGCUUGGUUCGCUUGGCCGCCGCCAGAUGCGAUCUUCUCCUUCCUCUCCGAUCCUCUCCUUGGCCUCCUUCCUCCCGUUGCUAGCUCGUGCAUGGUGGCUUCUUCUUCUUCUUGCGCCGGUUUGGUGAUCCUUGUUGCGCCGGUUUGGUGGUGAUCCGAUCGAGGACGGAGGAGGAGCGCGCGGGGGAUCCGGUGAUGGGAGAAAAGCUGUGAAAUGAGAUGGUGGUGAUGCGCUACUCCCCGAGGUGCAGGUGUAAAUGCAGUCAUAAUAUUCGGCAUGAGAUCUGUCUCUGAGCUGGUGUGGUCUCCGGAUGAGGGUUUGAGCAUUAAAAUUGCAGCGUCCAGCUUAAGUACAAGGAAAACUUCUCUUCAUUGGAAUGCAGAUACCUUGAGCAUAGUAAUAUCUUCACCUCAACAGAGUGGUGCUGGGGAGAGUGGUCAUAUCAUAGAUGCUACAGUAGAAGACGCAGAAAAGAUGCCAUCCCAGUUACGAACUCGCAGUGACAGUUCAGCGAGAGUAUUCAUGUCUAGCCCAAGUAGAAUAAGAAACACUGAUGCUCAACAAUCUACUUCUAUAAGAUCACAUGGGCAAGAUUCAAAAUACUGUGGUGGGAUGGAUGUGAUGAAUGAAGGGAAAGAAACGUCUGACAACUUCUGUGUGGAUAAGCUGGAGAAAGAGGACGAAGUGGGUAGCUGUCCCACAAGAUACUGCAACGAUACUUCCCACAGUCUAGGUUCAGCUUCCAGAAAAGAGGUCAUGCCUAUUAUUGCUGAAAAACAGGCUUUCUGUGCAACUACUGUCCAUGAUGAAAGAUCUUGGGCAGCUAAUGCUUGGCGUGCUCGAUUAGUAAAAGCAAUUAGUCAGAAGGACUCUGUUUUGCCAAAGAAUGCAGACAAUAUACAUUCAACUUCGGCCUUUGGGAGCAUUGGUAAUACAGAAAACAUGCCUGGCAAAUUGACAAGUAUGCUAGGUAAUAGAAAUGACAGUAGCCAAGAUCAGGCUAUGCAGGAAAAGCAUAAGGAUGGGCUUAUUGUUGCUAGAUGUGAGUCCGUGUCUGCUGUGAAUCCUGUUGCUAGAUGUGAGUUAGCAUCUGGUGUUAAUCCUUUAGCAAGACAUGAGUCGACAUCCGGUUGUAAUCCUAGAAAGCUCGAGAAGGGGAAAGAAAAGCUUAUCUAUGAUAUGAGUAAUUGUGUUAGCAACACAAAUGAAGGUGAUGACAGCAAUGAGAGUAUAGAGAGCUGCCCAAGUACAAAAGCUCCGAAGCGGAAGCAUGGUCAAUUUUCUGCAGCUGAGAUGACGUCUGGAAAUAAAAGAUGUAGAAGGGAAGAUAAUGAGAGUUCUUGUUCAGGAUUAUUCCACAAAAAUGAUAGCUCUUUCUUUAACUGGAUGUCAACUCUCACUAAUGGAGUAAAGGUGUUUGAUGAAACUACUGCUGUUCCACUUAAUCAGAAGUUUUCAGCAGCUACAGGAGAGGAAUUUCCAACAAACCCUGUGCCACUUCAAAACAACUGUGGUGUUCCGCUGCAAUCCGUUGGCUUCAAUUCUCUUUUUCAAUCUCUUUAUAGUCAGAAUGUUAUGAUAACUUCAAGAAAUACCUGUCACCAGUCAGAAAGCAGUUACACCGCCAACAGGCUAACACUGGGUUUCAAGAGUAGCAAACCAGUUAGCAUGGGCAGAGAAACUCUUAAUGUGGCUACUGAGACUUUAGCUGCGGGCAGAAUUCAAAUGGAUUCUUAUGGUGACAGAGGGGCAUUUCAAAAUCAAAUGGGAAUUUUCCCUUUAAGAGCAGAAAGAAAUCAGAAUGGGUUCCAUGGAAGCUCUUCAAAUGCUGCAUCGGGACAUAAAGAUGAUUUCUCAGAAAGCUUAUGGGUAAGUAGACUUUUGCCAAAAACACCCAUGAAAGUGAUGGACACAACGCGCUGUGAUGAAGAAACUGAUUUUUGUUCUGCUAACCCAAAAGGUUUAGGUGAUAGUUCAUCACCGCAGGAUUUUAAUGUGGAGAAGGAAUUAAACAAUUCACAAUACUUUACUAGCAAAGGAAGUGACAAUGAAACUACAAGUAGCAAAUGUGCGGCGCCUCAAGACGAAAAUAAACCAUCAGAAACAAUGGCAUCAAUUUUUGCUAAAAGAUUGGAUGCGCUUAGACAUGCAAAUACAUCAGCAGUACAUGUGGCCAUUACAUGUGACCAUGGAACACCCAAAGGGCGUAAUCACAAAACAAGUUCUUUUGUUGUUAGUUACAAUAGUCAUGAUGAGCAAGAAUCUGGACAAAAAACUCACAAGUCUUCUGGUGGAGAAGGAAGAAUAGUUUUAUGGACAGGUGACAAAGGUAAGGAACAAUUAUCUCCUGGGAAUGACAAAGAAUUAGGAGAAAAGGUUUUGUCUAAGCAUGAAAAUCAGAAUUGUGAAGGGAGCUCUGAUGGAAAGGUGGUACCCCCUAAAUGUAAUUUAGAAACAAACACAUAUAUUGAAGAAAUUGAUCGGAAGAGACUACAAAAUAAAGAAGGAGCACCAAAUUCCAUGGAGAAUCAGCCAGAUAACAAACAAAUGGUACCUUAUGGUAUUGUGCCCAAUGAUGUUUAUGACGAAGCAAGUGUAGUUUUUGGAGCCUUGCAGAGGCUCCGUUUGUCUCGCUCCGAUAUAAUAAGAUGGAUGAGGUCACCAGUUAUGCACACCACCUUAGAUGGCUUUUUCUUGCGUCUACGAUUUGGUAAAUGGGAGGAAGCAUUGGGUGGCACUGGAUAUCAUGUUGCCAGGAUAAAUGGAGUACUGGAUAAGAAUCGCCUUUCUGUGACCAUCAGGAAUUCAACUUGCCAAGUAGAUUCUCGCUUUGUAUCCAACCAUGACUUCCACCAGGAUGAGCUGAAGGCAUGGUGGUCAGCUGCCAUGAAGAGUGGCUGGAAACUGCCUUCGCAAGAAGAACUCAAUACGAAGCUACGAGAAAGAGAGCUGCUUCGUUUUUGAAACGGAAAAGGCACAGACGCCCCAGCUCCAGAUGACAGAUGCCAACAUCAAUUACAGAGGUUUUUCUCUUGCUUGCCUCUGGUCUGAAAACGCCAGCGAUGCAAGCAUCAUCACUACCGGUCAGGCUAAUUAAGUUCUGCACUGUACUGCUGGGAUUGCUAUCCCCACGGUUGAUGGUAUAUUGAGAGAGAAAUCAGGCUGCCGUUUCGUGCCGUGGCGUAAGCAGCUUGUAUUGUAUUUUAAGUACACGAUUUGACGAUUUGAUUUUUACGAUCGGAUGAGCAGUUGCACGAGUUGUUAACUACUUAUUGCUCAUCCUAUCUGCUGUAAAUAGGAAGCUACUAACAGUCACAGUGCAGUGCAAUCGUACAAUUUGUACUACUGCUGCUGCUGAAUAUAAAUACUUCCUGAAAGAAUAAAAAAAGUUAUGCUGGCUGCCAA